AUGGCGACAACGAAUUCCGUUGUCGAAUCGUUGGUCAACCACAUUGUCCUCCCUCCACGGCUCCCAGGGAGGGAUGACAGAAACGAAGGAUUGGAAGGUGCUAUAUUUGACCAUUUCAUCACGGCUUCCAGGUCGAUGAGAGGCAUCACGAGGGGAAAAUUGUCCGAGAAUUGGGAUUGGAUUCGUCGAUCAUUGGAAACGGCGAGAGUGUUAAAUACUAGAGGAAGACUGUCAAGAGAUACGCUCUUGUCUGAGUUCCAAUCUCUCCAGAAAAAUGUCUAUUUAAUUCUCAACAUUGCGGAGCAGAACGCAGCUCUACUAAUUUAUCGUACUGAGGAACGUGUAGUCUUCGAGUCUUUCGAGACAUCGGCAUCCGCACAGGAUGUCAUGGCUGCUGAGAAUGCCUUAGAAUGGAGUUUCCCUGGGUAUGCCGUCGACCUCCCUUUGUCGACAUUCAGCGAAUCCAGUUUUUUAAAAGAGUUGGCCGUUUUCUUAGAGCAAUCCAGCACCGAGUCAGUCAAACGAUUCGCUGCGAGAACAUCUAAAGCUGGUUCUCUGGUCAUUGAGGAACGAGACACUGCUUCGUGCGCCCUCAUAUCUCAAAUGCUCAUGACGCUAUUGGAAGGAAAUGGCCGGAGAAUAUAUCCUACAAUUCUGAAGAAGCGCAUUCGAGACGAUGUACUAUGGUUCAAUGCUGCAAAGCCAUGGAGACGAAAUCCCUUAUAUCUCGUAUUGCGAGUCGCCAUACAAAGACAACUAUACUCAAUGUCAGAUUCUGGCCGGACACAGUACAAAUUCAUGAGAUGUCUAGCAAUGGCACAACUUCUUGAGCUUCACAUGUACAACAUCAGUCUCGAAUCACUAUCAUACUUGAAAACCAAACUUUGUCGACGCCUUGCCAAGCUCGAAAACGAUGACGUCAAAGCAUCAACUUCUCUGGGAGCUGUGUACGAACACACCUUCAAGGCUUUGAGGCCUAAUUUCCAAAAUGCAAUUCAGCGGGCCUUAGAACGGAUUGAAUCAGAGUGGCUAGCAUUCAAGCGGUCUAAUCAACGACCAGUUAUGACACUUCCAAAACGCGCUGCGGAUCGUGAUUUAUACUUAACACUUCCCAACAGUGGCCGUUACCUACAGCGCAUCAUGGAUGAAGCUCUUCGCCCACCUCCACAGUUUCAUAAUUCCAAGAAGAAAAUCGACGUAUCUGCAGCUGCUUCCAGGAAGAUUGGCAGUUUCGGAGACCGAUAUAUUGCUCUUUGCGAUAUGGAGAUUGGUAUUGAGUCGAGACAUCAUUCUCCAUCUGCCAUCAACCUCGACAAUCAAUCACGAUGCAGGGAGAUCUCAAGAGAAAUACAUAGGUACAUCAAGGAAUCCGAAGGCGCUUAUUCUGUCAACUCCGAAGAACGUUCCAUAAUGUUGUUGAGCAUCAUGGAGCUUUGGAUCUUUAUGGAUGAAUAUGAAUGCAUUCUCUAUCCAUUACUUAAGAAUUAUCAUCCUCUCUUCACGCCCGAGAUGAUGGAUGUUUUGCAAAUAUCUCUGAAAAAAGACAUGUAUAGACUACAAAAAGUUCAGAAGUAUAUACAAAAUCGCUGCAGAGCUGCGGUCGGUAACGGAGGACACAGAACCAUAUUCGAGGAUCCAACACAAGGAUGCUUUGCCGACCGCUACUUUUUCGAGUCCGAUGAAGCUCCAAGGCUGCAAGAGCUUCUUGAAGCUAUAGAGCUUGAUGCUGAGCAAUCACGCGAGAGAAAAUUAGCAGAGUGGUUGAAGGAGAGUGAAAAGUAUGACAAUAUUAUUAAAAUGAUCAACGAAAGCACCUGCAUAUACACAAUCGACGGACACAGCCCAAGUUGUCCAAAAUGCUUAAUGGAGAAUCGGGCCAAGUCCUUUAGGAUCAAGGUAUACGAGCAUCCUUUACCCUCAGAUCCCAUUCAAAAAAGAGCGGUGAUCUUCGAGCUAUCUUGCCCUUCGGCAUUUUCAGUUUAUCGAGACACAACCUGGAAAGUCCUGAUCGCUUUGGCUUUUCCAAAAAAUCAAGGUGUUUUCACGGAACCUAGAGUCCUUUUAAAAGAUUAUCCGGGACUCUCGGGAUAUAUGAGGAACACAGAACAUGGGAUUUCAUUAGGAUCAACUAGGAAAAUAUUUCACAAUACUCAUUAUCGCACCGUUUUAUUCCCUGUUGGUAUUGAUGAUGUGUGUCCCUCCAAUACCCUGAGAUUAUCCUACUACGAUUUUCGUUCUCAACGAUGGCUAAGUCGAGACUUUAAAAAUCAACGACCAUCAUUUUCGCAUCAUUUCAACUUCACGUUGCCUCAAAGCUCACCAUUUUCGGUGCUUACGCAAGGCGUGUCUGUCAAUACGGAUGGCAUUUCGUCGUACGAAGUCAUUGCAAGUCAAUCAAAAUGCCCCAGAGGUCUCAAUGUUCACGAGUUCAUGGCCUACCAAGCACUAAUCUCAGGCAAGACCCGCCGUCUUACACAAUUGUUGGUAGAGCUUGGUUCUCAGAAUUUGAACUUCAGUACCGAAUCAAUGGCUAUCUUAGUUUCGCGUUUAAUACUCGAAGCUGGACCUAAUACUGAGAGUGAUUAUUUACGUGUCAUUCAUCAAUCAUUCCGAGAUAACAAUUUCUGUUGUAGGAUGUUGGAGCAGUUAGAUCGGAGACUGAAGAAUAUCAGGACAAACUAUCGUGAGAAUUAUUCCAUGCAGACGAUAUUGACCAUAGUUCUACGCAUCAAGGAGCUGGCGGCACCCAGUAUUGUCAAACUAGCCUCCGAGUUACUCGAAACUGCUCGGUCAAUCACUUCAUCUUGGGUGAAGAUCCUCAGAGAAGAAAUCAAGCAAGCAGUUGAUUCUGAUGCUGCUUCCAGAUGCCAAACAUACUGCCUAUGGGCUGCUCUUCUCUGCCGACGAACACUUUUCAACCAUGACAACAAAACAUUAGAGCCUGCUGCACUUCGUUGCUUUAUCGAAUGCUCAAUUACGCUACAAGACAACCUUUCCAAUGACCCUGCGCUGGCCCCAAUCGGGCUCAGGAAUGCUAUCAUUCAAGACUUGAAGGCUGUUUAUCACAUGCGACAUGCUUUACGCGAAUCUCUAAUUGCAAGCCCUGAGUCCCUGCUACUAGCAGUGGGUAUUGUAUGGCCUUUACCAGAAGGAAGUCAGCCGCGUGUAUCAUCAUCUUUGGUUUUUGAUUGCCCUGAAAAGUGGUGGGUUUAUGCGAAAGUCAUUGGCUCGUCUUUCAUGAAGGAACAGACACUGAGUUUUCAUCUAUUCUACGGCUACCUCUUGAUAGACGGCCAACCGCUAGGGAUGCUCCCUGCCGAGUAUAGAGCCUCGGCUGUUCUUCGAGACCUCUUUGGUGAUGUUAACCUUCUCACUUUUCCUUCUUCUUUGCCUGGCUCCCAGUUUCAAUUGACAAAUGAUCAAUUCGGUCAUACCAUCCAUCUUGGUUCCCGCGACGGAAAGGUCGUUGUGCGAGCCUGUUCGGGAAAGACUGUUCUGGAACUAGUACCCAGCAGAGUAUUUCACACCGAUAACAACUUUGAUUUACCAAAAUCCCUAGUGCUUGAUUGUAUUCACUGGCUCGACUUAACCACGGGGAUUGUCGAAAUUCGACAGAAACCACAUAUUUGGAGGUUCAAAGAUGCCAACUGGCAGCUGAAUGUACGAACUCGCAAUGCUUGGCGUCGAUCCUCCUGUUUAGUCGAUCCAUUUAGCACAACAUUCAGACGCGUUCACAGGAUCCUUGAGUAUUUUGAGGAGCCUGGUCACUUGACAGUUUACCAACCGUCGAGAAAUAAUCUCACCGUCGAGCUCAAACGUCUCUCCUUAUCUUUCACAGUCAAUCAAAAGAAGUAUCUUGCAUCGUCACAGCUACAUGCAGAAAUAGACGCGGAUCAAGACUGUGGAACUUGGUAUGGACUACGAAGUAAAAUUGUACUGCGCGAUACUAUCAAUCCACGAGUGCGUAGUAUUCUUGUACCAAUGCCUGGUAAUGAUCCUAACAGUGUGAAAUCUCGAUGCCAUGGAAUACAUGUUCAAGUACACAUUGAGAACAAUGGAGAUUAUGGUCGCUUCUUCGUUAAUGAUACCUUGGGGCGUAUCGAUUGUCCAGCCGAGCCUUGGCAGCUUUACACCAAAGCCUUACUGCACAGUAUGACAUCUUUCCUCCUACCAGAUAUUCUGACCAAGCGUACCGGAACAGAGGAGGCUGUUGCCUGUUUGAAAUCCGCCUUGGGCGCCUCUCAAACUAACAUCGCGCUUGUGUCUUUUGAAAAUCGCGAGGCUCAGCCCAGCCAGGGGUAUUACCCGGAAGACGGAAAAUCUAUGCAGAAAGUAGAAUGGAAUGAUAAAUGGACAACUACUAUUCAAUACGACGGCUACGAAUCGAUAGUUCAAGAAUUGAUGGACAAAAGUGACAACUUAGAAAAGUUUUCUCAAGAGAAAACACAAGGAAUUCUGGAGCUGAAGGGAGCGCGACGACAACAUCUUGACAAUCGAAGUUAUACCCGCUUGAGACUUUUCAAGCGCCACGAUGGGUUUCUUGAGAACCACAUGAUAGCUCCUGAUCUUGUGUAUGAUUCAAGAGACAAGUACUGCGCUAGCCAAAGACGCAAAAAUGUCUUAGAAUGUGUUGACCAUAUCAUACAAUGGCCUCAAAAAACACAUGCCUUGGCAGAUUUGGGUGGAAUGCUGCAAAAAUAUCCCAAUUUGAAAGGUUUCCACACAGAGCCUAGGAGAGUUCUAUUGUCAGAUCGUUUAGAUGUUGAUUUUAGUAUAUCGUUCGGCCCAUUGUAUCAAUUUUGUCGACAAGCUUCCGUCGACGACAAGUUUCGACUUCAGUUCCAAUUUUCUUUGAUGUCAUUUCGUGAUGAUAUCGAUAUGGAUCUGGUUAGGGUAUUGCUGGCGUGCUCUGUAUUGGAAGACCUGAAAAAAUUGGAUCCUCCAACCUAUCGGAAUUAUGUCCACUUUCGUCUAAAUCAAAUCCCGCACCUUGCAUACAUCAUACAAUUGCUAAAGCCGUGCCGCAUACCCUACCCGCAAGACUUCCGUAAUACUUUUGGCGGAUUCAAGUUACACACAAAACAGCGCAAGAAUCUCGAACGUCAAGAACAUCAGUACGAAGCCCAGACAGAUACUGAUUGUGAGCUAUUUGCGAAGUUUUUGCUUGCUCAAUGGCCGUGCCUAGAACCUUCCAUUGUCGAAUUUUCGACUCCUGUGAAUGUAGAUAUCACCAAAGCUAUGAGCAUUAUCCUCGACGAUUGGGCAAGAAUCUUCCAGAAUAUGGAGCUCUCUAAGUAUCUUGAGGAAGUUCAAAAAGUGCUUUUUCGAGCUUAUAGUGGGACCAAAUUUCAGUUGCCAAAUAUGGAGGUUCAAAAACAAAUAGUACAUGGAUCAAGAGUUCGAGGCAGUGAAUUUCCCAUGCUAUCAAGAAAUUUAAUGCGAAUGCCAUGCAAGGUCAUGAUGUCAUCUAUGGUAAUAGCUCCGCCUAACAUACAAGCCGAAAUAUCGAGUCACAAUGGCCAUAUAAUCUCUCAAGAAGCGUCUCUUCUCGAGCGCAUUGUUUUAAAUCUCAUGGGCAAUGAAGCCUCGUUGGUGCGCCAAAAAUAUGGACAGGGACUGCUGCAAAGCCUGUCUUCAUUCAAAUUGUUUGAGCAGAUUCCGAAAGGCGGUAGAAAAUUUGUCGACUCUCUGAAGCUUUCUAGUGAUAUAGACAAGACUAGAAGCGCGAUAAGAGAAAUUUUCAUGGAAAUAUGUCGAUCAUUUGACAGCCCGAGUGCUGCAUGGUUACGACCAGGAGGGUUAUACCCAUGUGUUUCAACAAUAACACUGCUUGAAAAUCUACGUUCUACCUGGAGCACCGAAAUCAACUUUGGGAGUGGCAUGAGAGAGUCUUUGAUAAACUAUGCUUUACAUAUCACAGAACUUCAAAGACUACUCAGAAUUGAAGAAGCAUUCUCAAAGGGUGACACACAACGCUUGAUUGAAGAACAGAAUAAUCCGGGUCAUUCAAAUUGGCAGCCGAUCGAAGAGCCUGAUUGGCUUUUGAUCGAGGUGGAAGCGAAUGUUCUUAUUCGGCCUGAUCAAGUUGACGUGGCCAGAGCUACAAUUUCUCCGAAUUCUAAAUCAAAUUCUGUUUUACAAAUGAAUAUGGGACAAGGAAAGACUUCAAUUAUUGUACCUAUGGUGGCUUGUAAGCUAGCCAAUGCCGAACGUCUCGUGCGAAUCAUUGUGCCAAAGCCAUUAUUGGUGCCAACUGCACAGUUGCUGCAAGCACGUCUCGGAUCUCUCUUGGGCAGAGGCACCGUCCACGUACCAUUCUCAAGAAAGACUCCUACAGAUACAGUGAAGACUUAUUUCAAUUUACACAAGGCAACUCUUCAAAACUCAGGUAUCAUUAUUGCUUUGCCGGAGCAUUUACUAUCAUUCCGAUUAUCUGGGCUUCAACGUCUUUCGGAUGGCCAUGUAAAUGAGGGGAAUUCAAUGGUGAAAGUGCAGCAAUGGCUAAAUAAUCGUUGCCGAGAUGUGAUGGAUGAAAGCGAUCAAAUUCUCUCAUUGCGCACACAGCUAAUAUAUCCAAGUGGUGCUCAGAACUCGGUUGACAAUUAUCCUCAUCGCUGGGAGACAGCUCAAGCUUUGCUAGCUCUGGUAGAAGGUCAUCUAUACAAUCUCGAGAAAGCUUAUCCUCAUAGUAUAGAAGUUGUUCGAAGAGAUUCUGGAGGCUAUCCUAUGCCAUUUUUCCUCCGAAGAGAUGUUGAAGAGGAGCUACUGAGUAGGCUUGUUGCAGAUAUAUGUAUUGGACGAACAUCAAUUCUGGAUAUGUCUCGAUGCUCCAGAUUGGAUCGCAUAGCCAUUAGGGAUUUCAUAACAAAGCCCAAGGUUACGACAGGGGUAUCUAAGAUUGUGAAAGAGAUAUUUUCGGAUAAACCCGCAAUGAAACGCAAUCUCUUAAACGUCCGCGGUCUGUUAGUACACCGAAUAUUGUUGUUAGCGCUAAAAAAGAGGUGGCACGUACAGUAUGGUCUUCACCCCAAUAGAGACCCUAUUGCGGUUCCAUUCCAUGGCAAAGGUGUACCCUCAGAUCAAGCUGAGUGGGGCCACCCAGACGUCGCAAUACUUCUUACUUGUCUAGCAUUUUAUUAUGAUGGACUAAGUAACAAGCAAUUGCAUCAAGCCCUUGAGCAUGUUCUCAAAUCAGACGACCCGGCGUCGAUAUAUGACCAAUGGUCCAUGAGCUGUUCUGUACUACCUGAUACGCUGCGGGAUUGGAACAGUAUUAAUCUUGAGGACGAACAACAAAUGCUUGAGCUAUGGACGUAUUUCAAUCUAUCUCCAGUAAUUAUCGACUACUACUGUAACAAUUUUGUAUUUCCGGCACACGCCAAAUCUUUCAGUUUCAAACUACAAGCCAGCGGCUGGGAGAUCCCUUUAUCAUCAGCGGACAAUCCAAAUUCCAUUACGACAGGCUUUAGUGGCACCAACGACAAUAGAAACUUACUACCGCUCACCCUCAAACAGCAAGACUUGGAGAGACUUGCCCAUACCAACUCUGAGGUUCUUACCUACUUGCUUCAGCAUAGAAAUCGGCGAUAUGUAGUUGCGGCUGACGAACGCGGCCGGCAUCUUUCCGAGAUUGAUUUAUUACGCAAGAUCUCAAAUCUGAACAUCCGAGUGCUCAUCGAUGCUGGAGCACAGAUUCUCGAGUUAAGCAAUGAGUCGCUUGCAAGAACAUGGCUUGAGAUUGACACACAAGCAAAAGCCGCCGUUUACUUUGAUGAAGCAGGAAAGCCGAUGGUGAUCCAUAAGAAGUACAGACCGGUGCCGUUAUCAGCUUCACCAUAUUCCGAUGACUUAAGAAAUGUCGUUGUUUAUCUUGAUGAAGCCCAUUGUCGUGGAAUUGAUUUGAAAAUGCCUGCUAAUGCUUGUGGAGCGCUAACCCUAAGUCUUGGACAAAGCAAAGACAAUACUGUGCAGGCAGCAAUGAGAUUGAGGCAACUCGCGACUACUCAAUCUGUUAUAUUCUUCGCACCGCCUGAGGUUAAUCAAAGCAUAUUGGACUGUGUUAAAAAGACCCAUGGCAAUCACCUGGACUCGUACGACGUCAUUUGUUGGCUUCUGGAGCAGACAUGCAUAGGUAUCGAGCUUAUGCAGCCACUUUAUUAUUCUCAAGGCAUUGAUUACUGCCGCAGAGUUCAGGCUGCUGCUGAUAAUGUAGAUUUCCUCACCAACGCAGAACAUCGAAAGCAGUAUUUAGAUACCCUCAGGCAAAAGGAGCAGCUUUCUUUACAUCAACUUUACGGAAUUAAAACAAAAACUAAGGCUCGAAUUGGCCCCCAAACAGCCAGUUCUGUCAAAGAGCUCAAUACGAUGCGUAGAAGCUUUCGAGAUACAGGCGAUGCUGUUCAUCAUACCGCUCUACAAGAAGUUGAGCAAGAGAGAGAAGUUGCCUACGAAGUCGAAACUGUGCGUGAGGUUCAGAGACCUAUUCACUAUACCGCUUGGUCAUUCCCUGGCCUGGAAAAGGACAUUGUAACCUUUGUCAGAACCGGCCGAAUUCCAGCAGGCUCCGCAUGUUGUGAAUACGCUUUUAUAGCUCUGAGCAAAACCGGCAUUGGUAGGAAGUUUGAAAUCAACGCUGAAGCUCUCAAUUCUCGACUACUUGUGUCUAAAGAAUUCAUGCGUUCUGUUAAAGUGAUUCAACCACAUGACAAUUUUCUGCGUCAAGUUAAUUGGGUUCUGUGGAGUCCUGUAACCGAAACCGCAUUAGUGGUAAUACCUGAAGAAACGGAGCUCCUCAUUCCAAUUCUUCGUGACUGCCUAGCUCCUGCGUGUUUUCUCUUGACUUAUGCAGCUCCUACGACCCGCAAGAUGCUUAUUAACUUCAAUGAUCUCCAAUAUUAUGCUAUACCCUCACUUUUAAAGGACUGGGCUGCGCCGACAUGGUUAUCAAUACAGUUGGGUAUUUUUUCGGGAGCUCUUUACUUUGAAUACCCUCAGUAUGAGUAUCUUCGUGGAUUCUUGGGAUUUGGAACAGAGAAGACUAUGGAGGAGUUACAAGAAGGCUGCUUGGAAGAUGAAUGCCCUGUUGUUGAUGGGAAAGCUACUCAAAAUGACAACGGAAAACAUCAUACCUCCGUCGGCUUUACAUCCAGACCUCUAACAUUCCUGCAAGAAUGGUUGAGUGUUAGGCGGAAAGGCCAGGACUUUUCCCAUACUCCCAUGGGAUAUGUUUGUCAAGGCAAGGCCCUUACCGAAACUCAUCCAUUUUUCAGUAAGAACGAACUGGGCGCCACCGCAAAGCUCACCCAGCCCAAUCGCAGAGGAUUAUCCAGCUCAAAGGGAGCUCUAGCGAGCACUACUUAUGACGAUGACCUUAACGAUGAUUGGGCAGACAUGAACGUCGAUGAGAAUGGAGUAGCAGUGGGCAAUGACAAUAAUUCUGAGGACGAUGAUCAGUAUGAGGAUGAGGAGACUAGUAGUGGAAGUGUGUUUACUGAUUCAGAGGGUGGAUUUUAA